AUGCAACCUUUUAAUUUUUGUAUUCCUCCAAAAUAUUUAAAAGCAAAUCCUCUUAGAUUUUAUCCCGUCAAAAAAAAUUUUUUGUUAAUAACUUACGCGGAAGCUGAUGAUAUAACCAAUCCUUUCACUUAUAAUGAUUGGGGAAUUGUUAUCGACUUAGAUGGAGUAAUUCACAGUAAAAUUAAGCUGGGACCAUUGUACGUUAAUAACACUACUAAAGAAUGGAAGCCAGGUCAAGAUUCCAUCACGCUAAAUGUUCAUCGUGAUAAUGGAUUUAUCCGAACCGCUCCUAUAACAAAUUCUACUGGUUUUUCUUUACAGCAAUUUAAAAUGUAA